GUUAUGUAUAUUGAGUUGACAAAGCACACACACACACACACAUCAAUCAUACGAGCGCGAAGCAUGCAAGUUGAACGUGGCCCAUGAUUCAACAAGAAAGAAGGAGAGAUAGUACUAUGAAAUAAUGUGAAAGGUGCCGAUCAGAAAUUAUAUUGCUGUGUGUACUGUGGUACCGAUCAGUACAGAUAACCUCAACAAACAACCUUCAAUAGCUGUCACCGAGAGAAUUCCAAUAAUUUAAAUAUAAUAAUGUGAAUAUUAUUUACUAUGGCAAUAUUCCUACAGUUUCUUCGGAGACAGAAAUAGAAUAUUUGGAAGAAGCGAACGGAUACGGUAUAAAAGGAGAAAAGGAUCUCAAUUCCAAGACAUCUGUUUUGAAGCUAAAGCAGACCACGUUCUAUGACUUAAAAGAGAUUAACCCAAUAUUCACGUAAAGAGAAAUUCACAUAAAGAGAAAUGGCAGAAGAUAACAUAACAAUACUUAAAUCAAAGCCUGGGGGUGCAGAGAGCAGAGCGUUAGACACCAGUAUUUACUUCAACGUUACACCACCUGUGAUCUUCGACGAGGUCGUCGUGCCCAAGAGAGCCGAUUUCUUCAAUCUGCAAACUACGUCGACUCGAGUCGCAGACUACGCACCCCUGUCUGAUAGUAGUGCGUCAACGAGCACCUUCUUCGACGCGGAAGCUCUUCGCACGUCCACGCCCUUGCUGUUGGACGCCGCGGUCGAUCGUGUCGAGCAGACUGCUCUGAGCGACGCGCACCGAGACGCGUGGAUACCAUCGGAGCACACGCGGAAGAUACUGCGGUCCAUCGCGACAACCGCGGCCGGUGCGAGCCACCUGGACCGCGAGAACCUCACCAUGCCUGGGCUGACCUUGCAGGGCGAUAUGUCGGACCUGAUCAAGAACGCGUCUAUCCACUUGCUAGGCGAGGACGAGAACAUUCACCGGAACGUGCUCACGGCAUCCGACGUAACGCAGGACGAGCGCGGCCUGAGAAACCUGAUACAAGCCGGCUGCUAUCGAGCCGCGGUGAAUCUGUCCGGCAGGUUGCUCGCUAUCUACGCUCAGGGGUACGGCAAGAUUAAUCAGCCUAGCAAGCACACGCCUCAUUCCCUGCAGCUGUGGUACACGAGGCUGUCGCUGCUGGCGAAGUUGAGGCAGAUGGAUGUGCUGGAGAACGAGUCGAAGCCGUUCGGCAACCUGGACAAGCCCGACAUGUACUUCACCUUCUACCCGGAAUUGUACGGCACUCGACCGGGCUCCAUGGCCUCGUUCGCGUUCAGGCUGCUGCUGGCGGAGAUACCGUCCUACUACGGGAAGCCAAAGCAAGCGAUAGACAGUUUGCACAAGCUCCUAGCGACCGCCAAUCAGAUCAUCGCGAAUUUCCGAGCCGGUCUCAGCGGCGAGGGGACGCACGCGAGGAUCAGCGAGUCCGACCAGCGAGAUGCCGUGAAAUUAUGGGUCGCCAGGAAGUCCAGGGUCCUCGUCUCCAUCGUCAACUGCGCCAUCGGCAUGAGGAACUACAUUCUCGCGAUAGAGAUACUGGAGAGCUUGUGCGAGCUAGCCGACUGGACCGCGGAGCAGGUAGGCAUCUUGAGAUCGGCCAUAGGAAGGGUGCACUUGUUCCUCGGCGACGUGUCAGCGGCGGAGAAGUACCUCGUGCGCGAUAGCAAGGAGGAAAACGCGAGCGUGCGAGAGCUGGUGGACAGCGGGCUGAUGGCGGUCGCGCAGAACGCCUUUCAGGAAGCCUACAACUGCUUUCAGUCCGCGUCAGCGAUGGAUCCGUCCAACCUGAUGCUGACUAAUAACAUGGCGGUGUGUCUGCUGUACACCGGCCAGCUGAGAGCGGCCGUGUGGCUGUUCGAGAGCGCCGUCAACAGAAAUCCGCUCAAGAGCCUGCAGGAACCGAUUUUGUUAAAUAUGUGCACGUCGUACGAACUGCACACGACGCACUGCAAGCAGCCGAAGCUGCAUCUACUGCGGCAGCUGAACAGAUACAAGGGCGACGCGGCUGACAUUCAGUGUCUAAAACUAGCAAUGUAAUAUUUAGGUGAAAUUGUCACUGUUAAUGUUAACGCCUUGUGACCCGACUUUUUCUCCGCCGCUAAUUGCAACUGUUACGGUAGUUGAGCUCGGAUCGCAAAGAGUUAAACCUUAGGGAAGAUGUAAAUGUUGUGAUAUUUAUGAGAAUAAAGGUAUAAUAACGUUAAAGCGUCAAA